CGGGCAGUUCCCCUCUCGCUCCUGCUCUUGUUCUCGCUCUUCCUCAGCGCUCCCCGAACGCGAUUGCCCGCUUGCCUCCGCUCUCCUUCCCUCCCUCCCUUCCUCUCUCAGUGUGUUUGUGUGAUUGUGUACUUCCCUUCGUUCCUCCUUCCUGUGGCAUCGCCUCCCCUCGGCUGAAGUCCGAGCUCCCCCGCCAAAAUGCCCAAGCUGACGGCGGACCAACUGCUUACUCAGCUCAGCGACAUCGCUCUGCACGCCGGCGCCGAGGCGGCCCAGGCCGAUGCCGAUGAGCCAAACUCCGACAUCACUGCCAUCCACCUGCUCACGUCCAGUGUUGAUGGUGAAGUCCUGCCGGUGGUGGCCCCCUCGGCCGAGGUCCCGGCCGAUGCGGCCUUCUGCGGGUCCAUCUUCUCCUCUCGUAGCGACCUGAUGGUUGCUGGCGAGCUCCUCGCCGAUUCGACCCCCUUCACGGACGCCUGUGCCAGCCUGCUCACCCCGCGCCUGCCCCCGCUGACCCGUAGCCAGGCCCCCAUUCCCGAAUUCGACCUCUCAGUGGACCUGGCCCUGCAGCACAUUUACUCGAGCGCCUCGCUGCCGGCCACCUGUGCCCUGGCCUUCUCCGGGUUCGGCGAGUCGGCCCUCGACACCGGGUACAUGGUGGUCCCGACCGCGGACGGCACGGCCAACGACUCCAUGGCGCUGACGCGCAAGCCGCAGGCCGGCGGGGCCUCCUCCACCAUGGGGACCACCACGUCGAAGCCCUUCCAGCCGGGUGGGCUGGACCUGUCCGGGCGCCUGGGCGCGCGGGCAUACCAGGCCAUCGAGGCCCUCGACAGCCUGGCCGGGGUGGCCUCGGUGGCCGAUCUGUACAGCAAGAUCCCGGCCUUCACCGGGCCGGCCGGGCUGAGCCUGACCGGGCUGGAGGUGGCCGAUGCCGGGGUGGCCUUGCCGACGGAGCUGGUGCAGGAGCUGCGCCAGGCCGCGGCCCCGGGUGCCCCGGAGGCCGCCGUGGAUCUCGGCCUGUCCUUUGCUCAACUGCAUGAGGCGGCGCUGGAGCGCCUGCGCGUGCAAGCCAGCCCCAGCACUCUGGUGUCGUCGCUGCCCGGCAUUUCGGGGACGCGCAUGGCCGACGCCGGCGAGUCCUUCUCCUGGCUGGUGGACUCGUCGGAGGGGGCUGGCGCGUUGGCGCCGGCGGCCCCGGCGUCCGAUGUCCCCUUCGACCCGCUUGACGACCUGAUGGCCAAUGUGCCGGAGCUGGCUCCCUCGGCUAUCGCCAAGCCUGUGGCCAAGGACACCCCCCAGGACCAGUACCAGUGGGCCAUUCAGGACGACAUCACCAAGGCCAUGGGCUCGCUCGAGGAGCUCAUCCCAUCGCCGGCCCGGCGCUUCCCCUUCGAGCUGGAUAACUUCCAGAAGCAGGCCAUCCUGCGCAUGGAGCAGGACCAGAAUGUCUUCGUGGCGGCGCACACCUCCGCCGGUAAGACCGCCGUCGCGGAGUAUGCUAUCUCCAUGGCCGAGCGCACGCGCACGCGCGCCAUCUACACCUCCCCCAUCAAGGCCCUGUCGAACCAGAAGUUCCGGGACUUCUCGAAGAUCUUCAGCUCGGUGGGCCUGAUGACCGGCGACAUCCAGAUCGAACGCGAGGCCUUCUGCAUGAUCAUGACCACGGAGAUCCUCCGAAGCAUGCUGUACCAGGGGUCGGACCUGAUCCGAGAUGUCAAGUGGGUCAUCUUCGAUGAGGUGCACUACGUCAAUGACCCGGAGCGCGGCGUGGUCUGGGAGGAGGUGUUGAUGCUCCUGCCGGCGGAUGUGCGCAUCCUCAUGCUCAGUGCCACGGUGCCGAAUGCCCUGCAGUUCGCCAACUGGGUCGGACGCAUCAAGCAGCGGCAGGUGUACGUUGUGUCCACCUCGCACCGGCCGGUUCCGCUGGACUUCAGGAUGGCCAUCACACCGAGCUUCGGGCCGCAGAAGAAUCAGUCCCAAUUCUUCACCUUCUUCGCUUCCGGCCAGAAGGACCUCAAUGACCGGGCGAUUCAGGCUGCCGAGCGUUUCCUGAUCGAUGGUGACAGUGGCGGAUCCAGCUCCGGGCCGGGUCCGAGCGGCGGCGGCGGCGGCGGCAGCGGCAGCGGCCCAGCUGGUGCCCCCGGCCGGGGCAGCCAGCCAGCCCGCGGCCGGGGGGGGCGUGGCGGUUCAGCUGCCGCCAGUGCCCCUGGUCGUGGUGGUGGCCAGUCCGGUGGCGGUGGCGGCGGCCGAGGCGGCCCGGCUGCUGCUCCUGGCCGGGGCGGUCAGUCCGGCGGCCCCGGAGGUCGUGGCGGUGGCCAGUCCGGUGGCCCUGCAGGCCGGGGCGGCGGCGGCGGCGGUCGCGGUGGUCGCGGCGGCGGCAGCGGCGGCGGCGGCGGCGGUCGCGGCGGCUCCUCCUUCGCGCAGAUGAUGAACAUUGACUACAGCGGGCUGGUGAACACCCUGAACAAGGAGAGCCAGCUGCCGGCGGUGAUCUUCACCUUCUCCAAGAAGCGGUGCGAUCACUAUGCGCAGCGUCUGGUUGACCAGGGCUCCGGCAAGGGUCGCGUCCAGCUGCUGGAUAACAUCCAGCGGACCAAGAUCCACAGCAUCAUCCGGCACAGCCUGAGCCGGCUGAAUGAGAGUGAUCGCAUGCUGCCACAGGUGACCAUUGUGUCGAGCCUGCUGGCCAACGGCAUCGGUGUGCAUCACAGUGGCCUGCUGCCGAUCGUGAAGGAGAUGGUGGAGAUCCUCUUCUCCGACGGUCUGGUCAAGGUCCUGUUCGCCACGGAGACCUUCGCCAUGGGUGUCAACAUGCCGGCGCGCACGGUGAUCUUCUCGUCGCUGGACAAGCCGGAUGGCACGCGCGAUGCCAGCGGCAAGAUGAUCCACCGACUGCUGACGCCCGGGGAGUUCAUCCAGAUGGCCGGGCGCGCUGGGCGCCGUGGCCUGGACUCGGCCGGUAAUGUCCUGAUCCCGGUGUGGCACAAGAUGCCCUCGCUGGUGGAGCUCCGGGAGAUCAUGCUCCGGCCGCCGACGCAGCUCAUUUCGCAGUUCCGCCUGACAUACAUGAUGGUGCUGAGCGUGCACCGGGUGGAGGAGCUGAUCAUUGAGGACCUCCUGUCCCGGUCCUUCAACCAGCAGGCCCAGGCCGAGGAGGCCAUCACUCGCAGCCAGGAGAUUGCCACCUGCAAGGAGGACAUCGCACGGCUGCUGGGCUCCGAGGCCUUCACCUGCUCGCAGUGCAAGGGUGACCUGGAGGCCCUGGCCCAGUGUGUCCUGCGCAAGGACCACGCGGCCGAGCGCAUGCAGCUGAUGCGGCUGGAGGAUCCGCUCGCGUGCCCCCCCUGGCGGCUGGCGCUGGUCCAGCUGACCGGGGUGUCCUUCCUGAGCCGGCGCACCGGGGCCCCGAUAACCCUGGACCAGCCCGAGGCCGGGGCCUGCUCGGUGCGGGGCGACCAGGUGCUGGUGCUGUUGCAGCACCGGCUGCGCGAGGGCGGCCGCGAUAGCAAUGUCUUCGGGGGGUACUUCCUCCGGUCGCCGGAUGGGCUUGGCACCCAGGAGACUCCGUGCCACAUCCACGGCAUGGCCAUCACCAUGGUCACCACCCAGGAGUUGGAGGUACGGCGAGCGGCUGCUGCUUUUCCCUGUUGUUUUGCGCUUCUCGCCCCCCCUGCCUUUGAGCCGGCCUCGCUGCUGUCGAACCUGGACUACAUGCGCGACAAGGCCGCCCUCGAGGAGGAUGAGUCCGUCUUCCAGGCGUCCUCCUGCCCGCUGUUGGAUGACCAUCUCAACACCGGCAUGGAGGUGGCCUAUCUCCGCGACCGUCUGCAGGAGCUGGAUGCCGAGCUGGAUGCCGAGUCGCGGACCUUCUUGGUGAAUAUGGCCGACUACCGGCGCCGGGUGGAGGUCCUCCGGCGGGUGGACUUCAUCCAGGGCCCCGACCGCGGGGUGCUGACCAUGAAGGGCCGCAUCAAUUGCGAGCUGCGGUCGCUGUCGCGGCAUGACGGAGCCACGCUGGUGCUGACCGAGCUGCUGAUGAACAACACCCUGGUGCACCUGUCAUCGGCCGAGCUGGCGGCCAUUGUCAGUGGCUUUGUCUUCCAGGGCAAGUGCGACCUGGUGUCGACGGAGGACCUGCCGGUGCAUCUGGUGGAGGCCAUGCGCGAGGUCAGGGAGAUCUCGCUGGAGGUGUUCAAGAUGGAGGCCGAGAUCUCCGGCAAGGAGGAGUACUCGAUCAUCUUCGUCAACAACACGUCGCAGUACAUCACCAGCUUGCUGGACCCGGUUGAGCAGGUGAAGAACUGCCUGAACUUCGACCUGUGCACCGCGGUCUACGAGUGGGCCAAGGGCAUGUCCUUCCUCGACAUCACCAAGCUCACCAGCGUCGAGGAGGGCACCAUCGUCCGGUGCAUCACCCAGCUGUUCGAGGCCCUGCGCGACUUGCGCAACGCGGCCCGGGUCAUGGGCAACUUCGACCUGUCGGAGAAGUUCGAGCUUGCCUGCAAGCUCAUCCAGCGUGACAUCGUCUUCGCGGCCAGUCUCUACUACUGA